UUUAUGGUAAUUGUGGUUCCUCCUCCCUCUGGGUAGAGUUUGUGUGUGUGCGCCGCGCGCGAUUAGGGAGGGGUGUGUGUGUCUGGGUUUCUCUCUCUGUGUGUGUGUGUGUGUGUGUGUGUCUCCCUCGCUCCGCUCUCAUUCUCCGCGGCGCGCGCUCCUCGUUCAGAAGCUCCGGCGUGUCUCGUGUCGGACUCUCGCGCUCCGGGCGCCGCGAGAACAGCAGCAGCGGCAGAAGAGCAGAGGACGCGGCGCUUUAUCGUUCGCGUUAUCGACAGCUUUGUUGGUUUUUCCUCGUGUUUCUGUGGAGCGCGCAAGCUGGGAAGCCUCGAGCGAACGGAAACCAUAAACCAUGCGCGCGCCGGCGGGCAGAGCCGCUCCGCCUCCCGCAUGAAGCGCGGCUCCUCCGCCUCGUGCUCUCGGGGAGUGUGAGUCCCUCUCUCUCACUGUGAGUGUGCGUGUGUGCGCGCGCGUGUGUCCGCGGGAGACUCUCAACAUGGCGCGCGGCACGAACUGAACAGCCGAGACGGACCUGAGGGAAAACACCACCUGUACACUCCUCUCUCUCUCUCUCUCUCUUUCUCUCUCUCUCUCUCUCUCUCUCUCUCUCUCUCUCGUUCGCUCGCGCGCGCCAUGUGUGUGUGCCUCCGUGCUUCUUCGCUGUGUGCUGUGUGGACGCGGCCGGAGUCGCGUGCUCUUCUCAGCCGGUGAAGAAGACGAAGAAAGAGAAGAAGGGCGCGAGCGAAGCUCCGCAACAAACAAACAAACAGCGGAGGCGGAGGAGAAGGAGAAGAGCGGAUCUACUGGGACUUUAAACUCGUCUUUUGUGGCUUUUAUUCUCUCUCUGUGUCUCUCGGCGUGGAGCUCGAGCCGCGGGGACUCUCGCGUGCGCUCGCGCCCCCCUUUGUGAGUUAGUUGGGAGCGCGAGGAGGAGAAAAUCAGCGAGACCAGCAGGAAGUUGUUCACAAGGGAUGGUGACGACCAGAGAAUCCAGCAAGAAUUGAUUUGAAAACUCUAAAGCAUCAUUCAAAGCAUGGUGGAUGCAAGUGCAGCCUGCAGAAUGAACCCUCUCACAGCACUUGGCAUUGAUCGGAGCAGCCUGAUGCGGGAAAGCCUCCAUGUUCACGGGGGAAUAGUUUAUCCGCCAGGAAUCCGAACCCUGCCAACAGAAAAGGGCUACGUUGGAGACCGGAUCCCAGAAUUACUCUAUAAACCUGAUGUGUCACUGGACAGUAGAAAAGCCACAAAUGGUUACGUUGGACUUUAUAAAAGCCCCCCACCUGGGAUUCAGAAACCACUGGUUGUGCCAGGGACUGGGGCGGACACUUUGGGCUUGGAUAGGCAUGUUGGACCUGUGGAUAAGCCCUCAGAGUUGGCCUUAAGUGGUGGUAGCGCAAGUGGCUACCUGCGUCUCCCAUGGGUGAGUCCUUACCAUGAAGCCGGAAUAUAUCCCUUCCUGGACUCCAGCAAGUACGCUGCUCUGAAUAUGUACAAAGCAUCAUUCAUGUCACAGCCUUCACCAUACCUGCCCCAACACCUGGCCUACCAGUCACUUUGCGCUGGGGCAGGAGGGAGUGCAGCCGGUGCUGAGCGGUUGUUCUACAUGCCCCCUUACACCCCAGCCCCCAUUUCAUCACCCCUUCCACCUCCUUUAAGGAUUCCUACAGGUACUGUAGCCCCCACGGCACUGUCGCCACUGGUGCACCACCAAGACAAAACCUUACAGAGUAUCGGGCCAAGGAUUCACCAUGAGCCUUCUGCAUUUGGGCAGCAGUCCUUGCAUCAGCAGCAGGCCCAGUCACACCACCAGGCACAAAGUGAGAGGCAACACUCCAACACUGGAAAUAUUAGCAGCAGCAAGCCCAUAAGAACCCCUUUGAGCAAGACCUCAAGCAGCAGCAGUACUACCAUUAGCUGUAGCAGCACCAGUAUCAGUAGUAGUAGUGGUAGUAGUGCUAGCAUAACAAGCAGCUCUACUACAAGCAUCCCAGUAGACUCAAGCCCUUCGCUGGUGAUGCAAGCACCCCGUCCUGCUCCACGAUCCUCUCAGCCCCCUGGUGCUCCCCCACCACUUGUGGACAGCACUUUAGACUUCCAGAAGCCCAUAUUUCGGAGUCCUUCGUCCUCGUUGUCCUCCUCGUCCACUCCGGCAGUCUCCCACCCCUUCUACAUGUCACAAGAGAAUCGCUCUCCUGUAAGGCCUGCCAAUCAGAAGUCCAAGUCUAAAGAAGGGAGUUCAGAGCAGCACAGAAGUGGAGGAAGUGAGAGGAAAGGUUGUAGUUCCCCUGUGAAAACCUCCACUGAGAAACCUGCACAGGAGGGUCCCCCUACCAAAGACCCAGCAGACAAGCCUUUGGACUUGUCUGGCAAAAUCAUGGAUUUUGAAGGACCUCCUAAUGGAUUCCCUCCAAAGCUAGAGGCUUUGGCAAAACUGGGCUACUCUCCCACCUCUCGUUAUGGACUUCCCCCAAGCAGAGAGCUUCUAAAAGAGACUCUGUCCCCAUCGUCCUCUGCCGUCAGCACUUCAUCUAAAACUCCAGAAAGGCCUGAGAUUAUUAGCACUUUACACUCUUCCUGGGUGGUGCCAAGCACAGCCCAGACACUCAGCUCUGAAUCCAAACACAGCAAAGUUUCCACAGUAAUCAAAUGCAAGAAUCUAGAGCAUGUAACCCAGCAGCCAAGGAGCUCUUCUUGCCCAAGGAUAGGUGAACCCAACAAUAGUGUCGUCUCUAACCCUGCUCCUGUUGUGACAUCAGCAUGUCGACCAUCAUCUGCCUCCCCUUCUCCCAAGGUUAAUGGUGAUUGGCCCAAGUCUGCCCCUACUCCACCAGAGAAGGUACCAACGGCUAACCGGGGAGGCAGCCACCCCUCAGCCUCAAAGCCCACAAAGACCCCUAAAAAAUCAGAGACCCCUGAAAUUAGCUUCAAACCCCAGCAGCCCCACAUAGAAAAUGGACAUCCACCUAGUCACCUCUACAUGGGCCAGGGUGAAACCUACUUGCCCACUAGCUUAGCAUACGCUAACAGAUACCUCCCAUAUUCCGUUCCAGAGAGUAUGUCUCUCUCACACUUGCAGUUGCCGAGCAAAGGACCAGUGUACCCGCACCCAGUCCUGCUGAGCAGCAGCAGUCUGUAUGCCGCACGUUUGCCUCAUAAGCCUGGCCUUCCUUAUGGAAUACCGCCCACUCAUGGAGAGUAUCUAACCUACCAUGACUCACAAGAGAUGGUCCAUCCCCUGAUGUCUCCCCACUUGCCUCUUGACCCCAAAGUCAAUGAGCGAGUUGAGCUGAGGUCUAGACCUCAGGAAAAGACUUGGCAACAUGAGGAGACUUCUUACAAGCAGCAGAGUGCCUCUGACAUGGACAUGCGCUACAAAUCUGAGAGGGAGUCAGAAGGGCCAGAAGUUCUGGGCUCCAAGCUUCAGAGUAAGCUCCACGCAGCAAGCAAAGAGGAGAUUGUCUGCAUCGACCUAGUCCAAGACGACACAGAUGGCAGUCCUGAGCCAGACAAGUACAGCGCCAGCCCUGCCAAGCAGAGAGAGCCUACCAAGCCAGCCGGCAGCGGGACAGGGGAGAGGACUGGGAGUGCUGGUAAUUCCGAAGGGAAGGAGCCAGAACUCAUGCAGAUCCUGCGCUCCAGCCAGCCAGCGGAAUCCAAGCCAGCUGAGGCUGAGCGGCAGCCAGAGCCCUGUAGCCCCGCCGAGGCACAGGAGCGUCCCGAGUCUCCUGGGCAAAGCCAGGGCGAGGAGAGCUCCAGCGAGCGUAGUCCUUUGCCUCCUCUUCUGGAGGAGCAGACUCUGCGCUGUGCCAGGACCUCUGGUGACAGGGUUCGACCUGAUGCCGCUAAUUUCAAGCCUGAUCGGCACCAUGCCAUCCGGCAGUACAUGGAUCUGGGCAAGGAGAGACCAGAAAACGCAGAAUCUCAUGAGGGCGAGGAAGAUGGACAAGGUUGCUCUAAAAACAAGCGGUCUAGCCUGGCCAAAAGGAUAGCCAACUCAUCUGGCUACGUGGGUGACCGCUUCAAGUGCGUCACCACUGAGCUUUACGCAGACUCCAGCAAACUAAGUCGGGAACAGCGCGCCCUGCAGAUGGAAGUCGUAUCACCAGAGGACAGUAAUUUAAGUCAACCAGCCGCUAACUGUGAGCGUGCGAUGAUGCGUUUCUCAGAGCUGGAGCUGAAGGAGAAGGAGGGGUGUGUGCCGAGCCCCGGCCCAGCGAGAGAGAGGGAGAAAGAGAGGGAGAAGGAGCGAGAGAGGGGUUUGGCGGAGAGCCAGCGCGGAGAAGUGGAGUGGGAGCAGAGCCAGCUCGGCUCUAAAACUCCUACAGCACUGACGGAGCAGCAGACUGACACACACAGCGGUGGUAACCGCGUCCCCGUCCUGCAGCGCUGCGGCCCGCCGGAGGACAAGAGAGCGAGGGAUGAGAGGGAGAGGAAGGAGCAGGCGGGGGAGGGGGCCGCUGUCGGCACGGCAACCGGCCGGAAACGCCCGCUCGGCCUGGAGCAGAGCCAAGGCCACCCUGACUGCACACGCUCGGCCGAGGAGAGAGAGAGGGAUGGAGAGAGAGAGCGAGGGAGGGAGAGAGACGGAGCGGAGGAUGAAACAACCGCACCGGCCAAAAGGGCCAGACUCAUUUCAGAUGUGUGGCGGCAGCCUUCAGAGCAGGAAGUGAAGAAUCUGAAGGUUUGUAUCGAGCUGACCGGCCUGCGGCUCAGCAAACCUCGGCAGUUCCAGAACCUGCAGGAGUUGUGGGACCGGCAGGGGGCGCUGUCCCGGGACAAGACCUGUCCCGUCCUGCCUGCACCUCUGCGGAGGGACCCUCAGCCCAACCUCUGCGCGCCUGCCAGUGGACCCUGCGGAGAAGGGAAGGGCAGAACGGGCGGAGAGGAGGAGAAAGGAUGGGGAAGGAAGGAUCUGGCGUACGCUGACAUCGAAACGGUCCCGGUUCUCUCUGCAAUCUGUUCUCCGGACUGUAAGCCCCUCCCUCCCUCCCGUCUCUCCGAUAAGCGGCAGCGGCUGAAGGAGCACCGCCGCAGCGGCCUCUCGCCCGACCACAACGACGACCUCUCGCCCCGCCUUCAUCGUCACAGUGACGACCUCUCGCCCCGCCUGCAUCGCCACGGCGACCUCGAGAAGCCCAAGGGCAAGCGGCCGUGCAAGACCAAACACAUUGGCCAGCGAGAGCUCAGGAUGCUCACGGCCAAUGAGGAGAGCCCUGAGCUCAGCCCCGCCCCUCCACUCAAGGUCGCCAAACGCUCUCCAUCGGACUGUAUCGGACCCUCUCCGGUCAGGCCCCGCCCCUCCUCCCCCUUGUCUCCCGCUGAUCCGCCCUCGCCCCCUCUCCAGCCCGCAGCUGUGGCGCCCGUUGCCGUGGCGACCCCGGUGCCCGCCCCGGUGCCCUCGGAGCCGCCGGCCAGCCGCCCCAUGCCCCCUGAGGCCCGCCGGCUCAUCGUCAACAAAAACGCCGGUGAGACUCUGCUGCAGAGGGCCGCGCGCCUGGGCUACGAGGAGGUGGUGUUGUACUGUCUGGAGAAUAAGGUGUGCGACGUAAAUCAUCGUGAUAAUGCGGGAUAUUGCGCGCUGCAUGAGGCAUGCGCUCGCGGCUGGUUCUCCAUCGUCCAGCACCUGCUGCAGCACGGAGCAGACAUCAACUGCAGCGCACAGGACGGCACCAGGCCGCUUCACGACGCCGUGGAGAACGAUCAUCUGGAUAUCGUUCGGUUGCUGCUGUCGUACGGCGCCGACCCCACACUGGCCACCUACUCUGGCCGCGGCCUGCUGAAGAUGACCCACAGCGACGUCAUGGAGGGAUUUCUGUCCGAUUAUUUUGCGGACCUGCAGGGUCGAACAGACGACGACCCCGGUGUGUAUUGGGAGUUCUAUGGCAGCGCAGUGUGCGAGCCUUCGGACGACCCGGCAGCCUUCGACAUCCUGGCUGACCCGCCCGGUCCAGAGGACGACGAGGACGACCACAGGGAGGUGUUUGAGUUUGAGUUUUCUGACCGCCCACUGCUGCCCUGCUACAACAUCCAGGUGUCGCUCUCACAGGGGCCCAGAAACUGGCUCCUGCUCUCCGACGUCCUGAAGCGCCUCAAGAUGUCCGCCAGAACCUUCCGCUCGACGUUCUCCCACAUCGAGGUGGUGACCAUCGCCGAGGCCGAGUUCUACAAGCAGGUGUCCCUGAGCCAGCUGUUCUCCUGCCCGGAGGAGCUGGACGGCUUCCUGCCGGACAGCAAAGAGCUGCUGGACCUGGUGGAGAUCAGCGCGGAGCUGGUGGCCCUGCUGGGCUCGUCGCUGGAGUACCUGGAUGACCGCUGGGAGCCGUCGGCCUUCAAGCCGCGCUCGUGACACUAAACGCACACACGGACCUCCUCGCCUGAGCUUUGGAAUCCUGUCAGCGGCGUUCCGGAACUUUCCACACCAGAGAUCACAGAUGGAGACGAUUCCGUUCCAGAUGAACGUUCUGUCUGGUGGCGUAAACACUUCUCCCAGUCGUCUCCACAGCGGUCGCUCUCCUAGCAACGGAGCGGAAGUGUUCCGGAACUCCCUUUAUGACAUCACAAUUGUCUCCGCCAUUCUGACGCUCCUGGCAACCAUGCGGGGGGAAAAAACAGUGUACAUAAUAAUGAGAGACUCUAAAGAGAGUGAACGGAGGACAUGGACGACCAUCUCCCGGCGAAGGGGGGAUGAAACGGACCCACGAUUGUAGAGAAAAACUCUUUCGUUGAAGAGAUGUUUUAUAGGUAUAUACAUAUAUAUAAAUAAAUAUACAGUUACUGUAUUUUAUUUGUGAUUAUAAAUCUAUAUAUAUAUAUAUAUAUAUAUGGAUAUAAAUAGGCUAUAAAUAGAAAUAUAUAUAUAUGACACUUUUUUCUUUGGUCAGGUGUUUAUUUACUGAUCCUAACUGCGAUCUGCAGGAGACUAAUGUACGACUGUGUGUGCAGUAGUUUGGGAUUUAAAGAUUUAACGCUGUUAGUAUUCAACUCGCGUGGCUUCCCGUGGAGGAGCGCGCGUGGGAGAGCUGUCCGUUAGUCGUGACUUUAACUAGUGCACUUCACGACUGGGUUACACACUCACUCGUCCUCCGUGUUUGCGGGUGGACUAACUAUUUUGUGCGUUUUUAGUUUAUUUUUUUGGUUUUUUUUUUUUGUUUUUUUUGGGGGGGGGUCCUUACUUGCAAACACAGAUUUGUACUCAGUGCGUGAGCAUUGCUUAUGUUUUUUCUCUCACUUAUUUAUGAUUACAAAUUUAAGAUAUUUUAAAACGUGGCUUCUUUUUUUCGGGGGUAAAUAUUAAAAUUUAAGUGUAAGAUACUAAUAUGAAGCUUUGUUAGGACACGCUUGAAGUUGUAAAUAAUGAGUUGACGAUUUCAGUAACUUGUUUCUGACUUGUGUGUUUAUUGUUUUUGGAGACGUGUCGAAACUUUGUAAUUACAUACGCUAUCAUUUGUAUUUAUAUUUUACAAAAAAAUUCCUUUAGAUAAAUGGCAAUAAAAGAUCCCCUCCAUCUUCUAUUA